AGUGUUAUAAAAACCCAGUGAGUGUUGUAAAAACCCAGUCAGCCUGCCUCCUGUUGAAUAGUCCACCCUCCUUGCACUCCACCUGAGACAGCUGCAGCCUGCAAUUCACUCCCACCUCCUGGGAUUGCACUGGAUCGGUGUGCUCAGAACAAGGUGCCCGCCCAGUUGCAGCCAUGAGGAUCCGUAGCCUCACCCUGCUCUCCUUCCUCCUACUGGCUGCUCAGGUGCUCCUGGUGGAGGGAGAAAAAAAAGUGAAGAAUGGACUUCACAGCAAAGUGGUCUCAGAACAAAAGGACACUCUAGGCAACACCCAGAUUAAGCAGAAAAACAGGCCUGGGAACAAAGGCAAGUUUGUCACCAAAGACCAAGCCAACUGCAGAUGGGCUGCGACUGAGCAGGAGGAGGGCAUCUCUCUCAAGGUUGAGUGCACUCGAUUGGACCAUGAAUUUUCCUGUGUCUUUGCUGGCAAUCCAACCUCGUGCCUAAAGCUCAAGGAUGAGAGAGUCUAUUGGAAACAAAUUGCCCGGAAUCUGCGCUCGCAGAAAGACAUCUGUAGAUAUUCCAAGACAGCCGUGAAAACCAGAGUGUGCAGAAAGGAUUUUCCAGAAUCCAGUCUUAAGCUAGUCAGCUCCACUCUAUUUGGGAACACAAAGCCCAGGAAGGAAAAAACAGAGAUGUCCCCCGGGGAGCACAUCAAGGGAAAAGAGACCACCCCCACUAGCCUAGCAGUGACCGAGACCAUGACCACCAAAGCUCCCGAGUGUGUGGAGGACCCAGAUAUGGCAAACCAGAGGAGGACCGCCCUGGAGUUCUGUGGAGAGACUUGGAGCUCUCUCUGCACAUUCUUCCUCAGAAUAAUACAGGACACGUCAUGCUGAUGAGGUCAAA